ACUUUUGUGUUCACGAUCUUUCCCCUGCCGCCACCCCAUCAACAUCUAGUCGUAGAACUUUGAUCUCCCAAGGUAGAUUCUAAAUGCUAUAAAUAGAAACCAAAAUCUCAUUUCAAUCUUCACCUCAACAAACUAAACUUUCUAUCAUCAUACAGUUCCUGCUCACAAUGAGAACUACUAAUAUUUCUCCUCUUCUAGCUUUUGCUUUCAUUUCCUUAGCCAUUUCCGUCCAACUUUCUGCGAUUUCAGCUGCACCGGAAGCUGUACGCGACAUAGCCGGCGAACCACUUCAAAAGGGGGUCAAUUACUAUAUACUACCUAUUAAUGUUGGCGGUGGACUAGUAUUAGGUCUAUACCUAAAUGGUACCGAAUGCCCGCGUCAAGUAGUUCAGUCACAGCGUGAAGUCUCAAAUGGACUUCCAUUAAUGCUCACAUCUGUGGAUCCAAAGGCAAAAGUAAUCCUCACUGAAACGGAUCUCAAUAUCAAAUACUCUGGUGCUGCUUCGAUCUGUCCACAAUAUUCUAAGGUUUGGAAGUUGGCAGCUUUUGAUGAAUCCGUGAGUAGAUGGUUUAUUGAGACGAACGGAGUUGCAGGCAAUCCAGGUCGUCAGACAAUUGAUAAUUGGUUUAAGAUUGUUAAAGAUAACGACGUUAAUAAGUAUAACUAUAAGCUUGUCUUCUGUCCUACUGUUUGUAACGUUUGCAAAGUCAUGUGCAAGGAUGUUGGGGUUUACAGAGGUGCUGAUGGAGUUAGACGUUUUGCUUUGGUUAAUGAUGGGGAGGAACCAAUUAGUAUAUUUUUUAGAAAAGCAUAAUCUAUUGCGAUUAACUAAACUGCUUAAGUCAAUAAUAUAAUCAUCCAGAAAUAAUCCAAUGUGAAUAUUAUUGGGAAUCAAUAAUACUGGGAAAAGAUCAACUAUUUUAUUUUUUUAAUA